CUCUUAUCAACUUAUCAUAUAAGGAAAGGAAAGUGAUUGAUUCGGACACUGACACGGGCGAAUCUGGGGAAAGAGAAACAACGCGGCUGGAAGGCUGCUCCGUGAGGCUGCUGCAGCCCUCCUGGGUGAGCAGGCUGCUCAUCCGACUCGCCACAGCCUCGGUUCAUUGCACGCCGGCAGGGACCGGGUGUUAGAGCCGGCUUUGCUCCUGAGAAGGGACGAAGAAGACAGACUUUCCCGGACGGACUGAGCCAUGGCAGCAUAGCCCAGCGUUUCAGACGACAGCUCAGGACUCUGGACUCGCGAGCGCCAGACGCUUGCUAAGCCGGCGGUGGUUUAUUGCCCAAAGCAAAGGGAGAAUGUGGCGGAUUGUUUUCUUUACCCUGAGCUGUGAUCUUGUGUUGGCCACAGCCUACAGCAACUUUCGGAAGAGCAUGGACAGCGUGGGGAGGAAGCAGUACCAGGUCCAGCACGGGUCUUGCAGCUACACGUUCCUACUGCCUGAGACGGACAACUGCCGCUCUUCCUCCAGCCCCUACGUGUCCAACGCCGUGCAGAGGGACGCGCCCCUCGACUACGACGACUCAGUGCACAGGCUGCAAGUGCUGGAGAGCAUCAUGGAGAACAACACGCAGUGGCUGAUGAAGCUGGAGAAUUACAUCCAAGACAACAUGAAGAAGGAGAUGGCGGAGAUGCAGCAGCACGCGGUGCAGAACCAGACGGCGGUGAUGAUAGAGAUAGGCACCAACCUGCUGAACCAGACAGCCGAGCAGACGCGGAAGCUGACAGACGUGGAAGCCCAAGUAUUAAACCAGACGACAAGACUUGAGCUUCAGCUUCUAGAACACUCCCUGUCGACAAACAAACUGGAAAAACAGAUUUUGGAUCAGACCAGUGAAAUAAAUAAACUGCAAGACAAAAACAGUUUUCUAGAAAAGAAAGUGCUGGACAUGGAAGACAAGCACAUCGUCCAGCUGCAGUCAAUAAAAGCAGAGAAGGACCAGCUCCAGGUGUUGGUGUCCAGGCAGAAUUCCAUCAUCGAAGAGCUCGAGCGGCAGCUAGUGACGGCCACGGUCAACAACUCGGCCCUUCAGAAGCAGCAGCACGAUCUCACCGAGACGGUCCACAGCUUGCUGACCAUGAUAGCAACCUCCACCUGUGAGUCAGCGCAUGCGCUGUCUAAGAACUCCCUCGGGACUAAGGAGGAGCAGGUUACAUUCAGGGACUGUGCAGAUGUGUUCAGAUCGGGACUGACCACCAGCGGUGUCUACACGCUAACGUUUCCUAACUCCACGGAAGAGACGAAGGCCUACUGUGACAUGGAGACGGGCGGCGGCGGCUGGACGACCAUACAGCGGCGGGAGGAUGGCAGUGUGGAUUUCCAGAGGACGUGGAAAGAAUAUAAAAUGGGAUUUGGCAACCCUUCAGGAGAACACUGGCUGGGAAAUGAGUUUGUUUCCCAGCUGACUAAUCAGCAACGCUACGUGCUUAAAAUCCACCUGAAGGACUGGGAAGGGAACGAGGCUUACUCACUGUAUGAACACUUCUACCUCUCAAGCGAGGAAUUUAAGUACAGGAUUCACCUUAAAGGACUCACAGGGACUGCCGGCAAAAUCAGCAGCAUUAGCCAACCAGGAAAUGAUUUUAGCACAAAGGAUGCAGACAACGACAAAUGCAUCUGCAAAUGCUCACAGAUGCUCACAGGAGGCUGGUGGUUCGAUGCAUGUGGUCCUUCCAACUUGAACGGAAUGUACUAUCCACAAAGGCAGAACACAAAUAAGUUCAACGGUAUUAAAUGGUACUACUGGAAAGGGUCAGGCUACUCACUCAAGGCCACAACCAUGAUGAUCCGACCCGCAGACUUCUAAACACCUGCACGCACCUGGGGAAACUGCGCACUGCACAUCCAGAUGUACCCCAGGGCACCGGCAGGCACGGGUGCUCAUGGCCCCCUCGGCCACCUGGGCCACACACUCCCGGAGCCGGGGGACUCCUGUCCUCAGACUAGUGCUCCGGGAACAUCAUCACUUAAUGAACCCAAACAAAACUCAAUACGGGCCAUGAUCUGGCAUUGUGAAGAGGUGGGUACCUCGGAGAAGACGAGUUCAACGUUGAGAGACUGACAACUUACAGACUCUGCUGUCACAACGAGAAAGCUAUGUGUGAGUUUAUCAGUAAAUAACUGGAAAACAGAACACUUAUGCUACACAGUACAGAUCAUCCUGGAACUGUAUUCUUGUAAGCACUGUUUAUAGACUGUGUAAAUACCCUUAUUCCUCAACUCAGCUUCAUGAUCACAAUUAAAAGGAAGGAAGCAUCCUCUAAGCCCGGGGAUACCUGUCUAGGCCGACGGCAGACGCGGCUCCAGCUGUGCAGCAUUCAGCACAGCAGAGCCAGUGUACUUCCACUCCUCCUUCCAGGGGCUUCAGGUCUUCUCUGUGGAGACUGCACACUCACACAGGUUUUGACAGCCCAGUUUUAAGUUAAUGCUUAAGUAUAUAUUUCAAGUUUAUAAACGUGAAUACUUGCAGCAUCUCUGAUAGCACCAAUGGAAAUGUGUACCCUGUCAUUUCAGAUGAAGAUUGUACUAUGUUUUUUUCUGCUUGGCUGUUAAAUAUGAAGGUAUUUUCUAGUAAUUAAAUAUAACUUAUUAGGUAAGAAGAUUGUUUAAAUUUGACAAUUAUAUUUGCAAUUUUGUAGUUUUGUUAUGAAAUGACUGUGCCUCAUGAGGAAAACCUUGAUUUUAUUGAUGGCGAACAUUACACAUUUAAUUUCAAGACAAAGAGAUUGUAUUAUGUUUUCUCAGUACAAUAGAGAUCUAUAUUCUCUUCCAGUAAAACGUACUU